AAACUGUAAUGACCCACCUCCACUAUCCCCACUAUCUCCACUAUCUCCACCAUCCCCACCACACCCACCAUCUCCACCAUCCCCAACUUCUUUAAAGAGAAAGAGAGAGAGAGGGAGGGAGAGAGAGAGAGAGAGAAAGAGAGAGAAAGCUCACCUGAGCUCGUCGCCGGAGCAACCGUGUGCCGUGAUCACGUUCAGCUUGCCACCACCGAUAAACGCCCUAGGCCAUCAUCGUGUUCCUCUCGUCGAGACGAAGCCGUAGACACCAACCACGCCUCAAACGGAGCCCGGACGAAGCCGCACGCGCCUCCCGAAGAUUCGCCUCGGCGCGCGCGUGAAACACACGCGCCACCGCCGUCCGCCGGAGCCACCGCGAGUUCCGGCCACGCGCCGCCGUCUCCGACCAACGUUCGCCGGAGCCGCCGUGACCGACCACCGUCCGUCCGCCGCCGAGAAGCCGCCGCCGCGUCGCCGCCUCGCCGCCGUCGCCGCCGUUGAUUUUCCGGUUGACUUUCCCGUAAAUACCCGUUUUAAACCGUUCGAAAGGCGUUCUGACUCGAAAUUUCGAUCUGAUUUCAGAUUUGGAGUCCAUUUGAGCAGCUGGAGUUCAUAGAUACCACCUCUUAUUGUUGCUAAGGUGAGACCGAUGAGCAGGAGUGAUUAUCGGACCGGUGCUAUUGGGCUUUUGGGCUUCUAUCGCUUUUACCGCUUUUAUCUUUAUCGGGCCUUUAGGCCUUUGGACUUUUAUCGUCUAUGUUAUUCCUAUUUCAGACUUUCGGUUUAUAUCGUAUUUUAUAUUUCGGAUGUUAUCGAUGUUGGGCUUUUAGGCCUUUUGUUACCGUAUUGACUUUUAUAUUAUAUGAAGAUUAUUAUUAUUUGAGUUGUAUUAUUAUUUUAUUUCCGCUUUUAUCAAUUUAUUAUAUUUUGAAAGUGGCGGGUGUCACAUUUUGGUAUCAGAGCGGGUUCCGUCCCGGCUCCGACCCGGGAUGGCGAUUUUUGGAGACCUGGUUUUAUUCGGUUUUGACGGUUUUACACGAUUUCAAAAUAUUUUCGGGGAUUUGGGAAUUUUGAAAAUAAAAAUAAAUAGCACCUUUUCGUUCGAUAUCACUGCUCCUUAAAAUUUUGGUAUCCAAAGUUCAUAUGAGUACGGCUUAUCACCCGCAAACAGAUGGUCAGUCAGAGAGGACUAUUCAGACUUUGGAGGAUAUGCUCAGAGCUUGUGUUUUAGAUUGGGAAGGUAGUUGGGUGAAGUAUCUACCUCUAGCCGAGUUUGCCUACAACAACAGCUAUCAUUCGAGUAUUGGGAUGGCACCAUAUGAGGCUCUAUAUGGUAGGGCUUGUCGCACACCACUUUGUUGGACGGAAGUGGGAGAGCGACGUGAGAUAGAACCAGCCAUGGUUCAAGAGACAGUCGAACAAGUUGAGAUGCUCAAGAUGCGGCUUAAGGAAGCCCAUGACCGUCAGAAGAGUUAUGCAGAUAAACGGCGAAGAGAUUUGGAGUUUCAGGUUGGCGACCUGGUAUACCUAAAAAUGAGGACAUUUCAGGGAGGAUCUAAGACUCGGAAGCUAAAGAAGCUUAAACCGAGAUAUAUGGGACCAUAUCCUAUUUUGGAGCGGAUUGGAGCAGUUGCUUACCGACUAGAUUUAUCAGGAGAGUUAUCAGAUUUCCAUGACGUGUUUCAUGUUUCCGUUUUGAGGAAAGUAGUGAGAGAGCCAGAGCUCAUUUUGCAGCAACCACCUAGAAACCUUGGCAAAGGGUUACGUGGGUUGUGCCAACCAGUAGAGAUAUUGGAUCGCCAAGUGAAAGCAUAUCGUGGAAUGAUGACCAUGUUGAUCAAGGUGCGUUGGGAGGGAGACGGAAUUCAGGAGGAUACCUGGGAGUCCGAGCCCCAAAUGAGGAUUGAUUAUCCAGAGCUGUUUCGGGGUGUCAUUGGAGAGUUUGGUGACGUGAAUUCGGGGUCGAAUUCCUUGUUAGUGGGGGAGAAUUGUAAUGACCCACCUCCACUAUCCCCACUAUCUCCACUAUCUCCACCAUCCCCACCACACCCACCAUCUCCACCAUCUCCAACUUCUUUAAAGAGAAAGAGAGAGAGAGGGAGGGAGAGAGAGAGAGAGAGAAGAGAGAGAGAGAAGAGAGAGAGAAGCUCACCUGAGCUCGUCGCCGGAGCAACCGUGUGCCGUGAUCACGUUCAGCUUGCCACCACCGAUAAACGCCCUAGGCUAUCAUCGUGUUCCUCUCGUCGAGACGAAGCCGUAGACACCAACCACGCCUCAAACGGAGCCCGGACGAAGCCGCACGCGCCUCCCGAAGAUUCGCCUCGGCGCGCGCGUGAAACACACGCGCCACCGCCGUCCGCCGGAGCCACCGCGAGUUCCGGCCACGCGCCGCCGUCUCCGACCAACGUUCGCCGGAGCCGCCGUGACCGACCACCGUCCGUCCGCCGCCGAGAAGCCGCCACCGCGUCGCCGCCUCGCCGCCGUCGCCGCCGUUGAUUUUCCGGUGCCGCCGCCGUCGCCGCCGGCGACCGACACCAGUGACUCGCCGGUGACUCGCCAACUCGGCCGAGUCAACCCGGUGAGUCAACUCGGUGACUCGGUCAACCGGUGGUUUGACCGGUUUAAAUCGAUUUCGAUUCGGUUUGAUUAAACCGGUCGGUUAAAAUCAAUUGGAAAUCGGUUAGGGAAAACCAGAUUAAUUAAUUAAUUAAUUAAUUAAUUAAAUAAUUAAUUAAAUUAUUAAUCUUUGACCAGCAGGUUGACUUUCCCGUAAAUACCCGUUUUAAACCGUUCGAAAGGCGUUCUGACUCGAAAUUUCGAUCUGAUUUCAGAUUUGGAGUCCAUUUGAGCAGCUGGAGUUCAUAGAUACCACCUCUUAUUGUUGCUAAGGUGAGGGUCUAUUCCCGAACUCCUCUUAUUCGGCUUAGGACCUCGAAUAAGUAUAAUUUAUUUCUAAUGUGUUCCGUCUGUGUGAAAUCGAGUCUGUCAUUGCUUGUUUAGUUUUAGGUUCUUUGCAUAAACCGGAACUAGGGGGUUAGAGGAUUCAACAUUGAUUGUUUCACUUAAUGUAAAUUCUUAGCUAGGAUUGUUUUUGUUUGGAGACGGAUACAGAGUCGGACUGCUGUAUGCCGGAUUGUAUGGAGGUCACGGCCAACUUUAGUCGACCGGUUGAGCCGUAGACUGGAAGUGUCGAUAAAUCGUCUACGGGCGUGUGUUACCGAGCACUUUUUCGGUGUGUGUAUGAACCGAGCACCUUUUCGGUAGUGUUUUGGCCUGUUAGUGGGCGGCGAGUGCGCACCUCGCUUGGACCAUUGUUUGUUGCUUGAGUACUUUAGGUACUGUGUUUGACAUGCAUUAGAAUUAAAUUAUAUUUAUUCGGAGUGCUAUGUUCGGGUCCAUGGACUUCGGGGUAGCAUCCCAUACCUCGCUGAGCGAUUCCCCUGUCGCUCACCCCUCAUUCUUUCCCCCUUUUAGGUGAGACCGAUGAGCAGGAGUGAUUAUCGGACCGGUGCUAUUGGGCUUUUGGGCUUCUAUCGCUUUUACCGCUUUUAUCUUUAUCGGGCCUUUAGGCCUUUGGACUUUUAUCGUCUAUGUUAUUCCUAUUUCAGACUUUCGGUUUAUAUCGUAUUUUAUAUUUCGGAUGUUAUCGAUGUUGGGCUUUUAGGCCUUUUGUUACCGUAUUGACUUUUAUAUUAUAUGAAGAUUAUUAUUA